AUGAACAGAGUAGGUAAAAGGAAAUUAGGAGGCCAGGGUCGCAAACCUUUGAUCGAUAGUGACACAGAGGAACAAAUUGCUAAAGCAAUUGAAGAUAAAGCGACGUACCAUGGAAGACGACACAACACCACAAUGUAUACCAAUCGUCGCGUCAAAGUAGCUGACCUUCCUUUAAUUGCUAAUCAUUUUUGUCUCAGAAGGGCAAACGUCUUGUUCGAUCAAAAACAACGGUGUGGAAUCGUUCUGAGCUUAGGCGCAAAAACUCGCGUCAAGCGAAAUUGCAUUUGGGCAAGGGAUACUUUUGCACCAGAAAACCCCCCAAAACAGAGUUUUCGGAAAAUAAAAGUACCCAUUAUCAGCGAGCGCACGUCAACAAUGUCAAAAUGUUUUUUUUCUCCAAUAAAAUGGCCAGAAACCGAAAGUACUGUUUUUGCCGCUCAAUCGAUGACAAGGCAUACAUUCGCCUUGGCACAGGUGAAGCCAUGAACAAUGCCAGAAACCAGCGUAUAUUAACCCCCAGUGCAGAAGAACGAGCCCGCAAGUUACCAUUGCAUGAUUGGCCAGAACAAAAAGUCAAUAUAACUCCCUCUGCACAUCGAAUUUUUACUAAAGUCGGUCAGGAUAUUGAUGGAAGUGAGAAAUUAAUAACUGAAGAGGAUGAACACUUCGUUUUUGUGCGUCCUAAGUUUUACGUUGGUUCAAGCGGUACUGUGUGGGCGAAUGAAACGAUGAGACUCGGAUACCUAUAUCCCGAUAUUUUUGAAGUUAAGGAAGACGCCAACGGUGAAGAGAAAUAUCAUCCUUCAUUUCGUUUAAUCUGCGCACAACUUCAUGACGCCGCCUUUUUGUUUAUGGACAUGUCUGAACAAAAGGACAUAGAGCGUGCAAAGGCUGGUGAUCGAGAUAAUCCUCACACCCAAUACGAACGAAAGAGACUAACCAGAUUAAAAGCUAGAAUUCAGGAAGCCCUUGACGAUAAUUUUGAACAGAUUGACAAUGUUGGAAAGACUGUGUUUGCAGCCAGAGUUCAGCCACUGGUGCAAGACUUAACUUCAGCGUUAACCGAAGUGGAUCGAUAUAUUGAGGAUCCUAGAGAGAGCUGUUCUCUAUUAGAAAAAAUACAGUUUUGUGUAUAUUGUUGUAGAAAGCUACUCGAUUGUUUGGAAGAACUGGAACUUCCCCCAAUAAAGCCUCGAUGGUGUGAUCUCACAGAUGCGGGACCAGGAGUUGGAGUCAGCAAUUUAGAAGUUAGAUUUCGAGACGCUGAAAUGGCCAGGAUAUGGAACUCAGAUUAUCGGAUAAGAGUUCAUCGUGCGCGCGAGGAUAGCGGGUAGGGAGAAGCUGAAAGAACCAACGCAGCAGUCGGUGAUGCAGUCAUAGACGGAGGCACUAUCAAGUGGGAUUACUUCCAAAGGUUUGACGACUUAAGUGACGAGGAAGUUCAAAAUAUGACGCUCUCGUCAUAUGAGCAAUAUGAAGAUAAUCGAAUGGAACGAAAUGCCUGGAGGGUUUCUCAAGACAUUGCCUCACGGAUGGAUGAUGCACCAGUUCUAUCUAGUUACAUAAAAUCUUUGGUAACUGAAAAGGAACAGGACUCCUUUUUCUUCAAUAAAGAUCAGUUGCAGGAGUUUGGGAGAGCCUCAGAUGUCCAAAAACAGAAUGUGACUGGCUACCAUUAUUUCUCCAAAAUCUCAGGAUAUAUUGAUAGUCACUACGAAAAGGGAGAACUGUAUAUGGAAUUUUUGAAAGAUGGCUGCACGAGAGACGCAGGGAAACCUUGCACAACUUGUAGUUCAGGAUGGAUCGGUCCAGUGAUGGAAAGAAUUCCUGGGCCAUUCCCCGACGAAACAACUUUCAAGUACAAGCCUGUAUUUGAAUCCCCAGGAAGUUCGGCUGAGAAUGAACCAAGACCUCCCGAUGAUUUUUUGCCAAGGGCGCAAAUAAAGAGCUGGUUUGGUCAGGGAAACCUCGACUCUGAGGAAAAGAUUGCGGAAUUUUCAAAACGGUUCAUCGUACCAUCAGAGCUGGUGAAGUCAUAUAUAGAUCACUUGAAACAUUUAAACCAUACCAAGCAACUCAGAAGUGUGGCAGCUGAACAGGAACGUCAAAGAAGAAAAGACAAAAAGUAUGAGGAGUACAACUGGGAAGAACUUCUUUUGACCGGCAGCCUUAAAUUGCCCUAUGUAUUUGAACUAGAUAAAUACCUUAAACAUCACUCGUUACCGUGGAGACGCAAACUGAAAGAAGAGAAGGUGUUGAUCAUCACAGCCCAUGUUCACGAGAGCAAGGGUUCAAGUCUAGAAGAAGUCGUUGUUACUGGAAAAGCUCUCCUUCGUCCGGUAGAAAACCCCGCUGAUUCGGAAGAGUCAGAGAGUGAGGAGGAAAUCUUGUUUGAAACGAGCAGUUAUCCUGGAUGUGAAAGCACUAGUUGUAGUAGCCAGAGCAGUGCCAGUGGCGAUGAGAGUGAAAGUGAUGUAGACUUACCUGUCAGGAUACCCACAAACACAAGAAGUGGACGAAAAUCAACACGUUUUUUAUUCUAA